AAUCUACAAUGUUUACAGACAGAGAUGCGAGCAAGAACGCCUAGAAAUGAAGCUGUUUCACAAAUCUGUCAAACGUUUUUUGAGUGGGGUGGUACAUCACUAUUGCCGGUGAAGGGCUGCAAAAUUUGGGACUAUGCUUGGUGCUUAUGGCUUUUUAAGCAAGGAGGGAUCUUUAUUGUGCCACACCUGCUGUGAGAUGGGACCUCAUCCAAAGGACCGCCCCAUUUAGUCACUACUUACAACAAGGCUUAUCCAUCUCUAAAGCUGAAGAUUAAUGUAAAUGCAGGGAGGAAUGAGGUGGAUGUGGUCAUGCCAGGCCUGCGCUACGAUGAUAUAGAUUUUACAGGUCAACCAGACACUUGGAGGAUAUUUGACAUGGUCAAUAGAAUUGAAAAUGCAGCUUUCUUUAAUUAUGAAUCCUUUUUAAAGUAUGACAAAUUAAAUAAAUCAAGACACAUCUCGUUUGUCAAAGCCUGCAAAUACGAAGCAAAGAGCACCUUUUAUGAGACUACCACACCAAAAACUCCGCUGGAUGUCUCUAUAAAAUUGACCGGGGUUGGGAAUUCCUCAUUUACCACAGUGAGUGAAGUGGCAUGUGGAGGAGAUCUGAAACCAUCCAUUCGAAUAAAGAACCUCCACACUCUGGUCCACAUAGGGGAGAGGAAGAAAGUUGCUCUUCCUAGGUGGUGGAAAGAGGAGUUUGAGUCCAUAUUAAAGGAAAAUAAAGUCACAUCUUUAAUCAAUGUGAAACCACAGCUUAAACCAGAGAAUACUUUUCAUCAUGAAUUUUCAGUACCUCGUCAUGACACUGAUUAUAGCUCCCAUACAAGAUGUGCUUCAUAUCUUAGGUACUUCACGGAAAACUCUAGCAUUGCAUCUCAUCGGGGCUUCUAUAGGAACAUCAAUACUAGUUUUCAUGAUUUCCACAUUAAGAAAGUAACAAUGUUAUAUGUAUCCCCUAGUUGUUGGGGAGAUAGUUUGGUGUCUGAGACAUGGGAAGGAGAUGUGCCACUAACUCUUCACUGUCAGAUCAGUAAAAAAGAUAUUCCUCAUGAUGUGGUUUGGUAUGGAGAAAUGGAAAUGUUCUCUGAAGUUUUUGGAUUGAAAUUCUAAAAGAGACUGUCAGGUGAAAGUAUUUCUAUGGUUAUAUGAAUGUAAUGAAGAAUAAAAUCCAAUGAUUUUUUUUCUGAAAGAUGGAUAGAAUGAAUGUCUUAUCAGGUCCCAAGAUAAUAAAACAAACUUUAAUAGACUUGA